AUGUCAGACCAAGAAAGCAGGGAAACAUACGGAAGUGAUGACAAGACAUUUGAAGAGCACCAAGAAGAAAUACUAUUAGAAGAAGCAGAUGUAGAUGGAAGGAUCAAAGAACCAGAGCAGGAGGCUGAGAAACGGUAUACUUCACCAAUUAUGACUAAAUUUGAGCGUGCUAAGAUACUUGGUAUCCGGGCACAGCAGAUAAGCAUGUCUGCCCCAAUUAUGGUUGAGUAUGGGGAUGAAACAGAUCCUGUUGAAAUUGCAAAGAAAGAACUAAAAGAGAAGAAGACUCCAUUAAUUGUACUAAGAAGACUACCUGAUAAUACGUAUGAGAAGUGGGCAGUUAAAGACCUUAUUAAUUUCUAUGACUAA